AUGUUGCUACUUCAAAAAAAUUCAAUUCUAAACGGAUAUAGAAAACAACGGCGUUCGGAGGUGCAAUCGGAAUCGUAUCAGAAAACAGAAAAUAAAACGGGCCAAAACGCAGCUGCUUCUCACAAAGAUCCCAAUGCACUACUCGACGGGUUGAGUUCUGAUAAAAACGCCGACCUUGACGCCUUUUAUUCGGUUGGUCACAAUUCUCCCUAUACCGGAACCAUCACGAGGGUUCUUCCAAAGAAGUUAUCUCAAUAUUCCCAAGCAUCCAUCGUUUCUGAGAUAAAGAACACCACCAAUAUCACCCCACACGCUUUGGUGAGCGAAACUGAUAUUGAGAAGUGUCCAUCAGUCGAAAUCCACUCAACACCCACCCCUUCCAAUUAUGAAGAAGGACAUUCGGUUUCAACCAAGGACCGUAUCCACGACAUUAAGUUGAAUUUACCGGCGGAAGGGAAUGUGUCCCUGGACCAGGAUUGUGAUUCUCCGCUUGUUUCUUUGUUUAGUAUCGAAAAGAGUACGGCUCAACGUAGUCCUCAUAAUGGCAUUUCAUUUUAUGCUGAGAAAAACGCUGCCAGAAGCACGCCAGAUGGAGUUUCAAGGGUAUUGAUGAACCCCAGUGUAGAAGGCCUAAAGACUCCCAUACACAAAAAUCAUGUCGAGCUGCAUCAAAAACAUAAAGGUACAGAGCUGGAGAGUCAAUCAAACACGGAAGGUGAAACUCCUUUUCAUGAUGUGAACGACACCCCCCUAGCGGAAAGCAGAAGCUGUAAUGAAAACAACACUUUUCUAACGUUUAAAGUCAGCGCAACGUCAAGUUUUGAUGAGGAUAUCAGUGCUUUAUCCUUCCCAAAACAACCAUACCAGUAUAGUCUCAUUACAGGAUCCGGAGGCGACAGCUACGAUGGAAAUAUUAACGAAGACAAGUACCCAUUGGGGCUCUUAGUGUCGUCGAAGCGGCAUUCGGUGAUGGAGAGUACAAUAAUGGAGCCUUUAGGGUUAUCAAGGGCUGAAUCAUCUGCAUUUUCGCUGUCCUGUUCCGAUAUGCUACCGCUUAGUCCAUCUUCCCUUGAGUUUAGGAGAUAUUAUGGUCUUGGUCGGAAAAAAUGCGGUGGACGUAGUGUGUUGGUGACAUCGUCUGCAGCUAUGACUAUGGUAAAUAACAGACAUACACCUUUUAGAAGUAGCAAGUCGAUGGAAUUGUUUUCGUCAAGAAAAUCAGGCGUUCCGGCGGACACCCCAAUUCGGAUAGUUCGUUUCCAUCGAGAGUCAGUUUCAUCCGGCAACAUGGACUACGAUGUGGACACAAUCGUGGUUAGCCCAUUCAACACAUCGGAUAUCUCAUCACGAUACAUAGGUAGUGAAAGUCAAAAUCGGAUUCUGGACUUUCAAAAUGAAAGAUAUCUGUACACCUUGAAAAGUAGACCGAUGAUUUCAGCUAUUUCAUUUGGAGAGGCUGUCAACCUACUAAAAGCGUCUGUCAAAGUUGUCCCUAAGCUCUUGGAGCAUAAAAAGAUGACGACAUUUUUUUCCUGCUUUUGUUUCGAUAAAAGUGGAAAUGAUAAUGUCCUGGACCAUAAAGCAAUGAAAAAUAAUAAAGUAGAUCUCAAACCGUACCCCAUUUCAAAAACGGCGUCGUGGAAAGAAGGGCUGAAGGUUGUGGAGCGGCUGAAAUCUACCCCUUAUGAUCACAACGAUGUCGUUCAUCAACGUAUUAUAUUUACCAUUUACUACGCCCUUAUGGACUCUGAAAAGAGUCAACUGUACAAUCAAAUUAUGUCAAUUCGGAAAUUUUCUUUAGUAGAACAGGCGGCGGGGGACGAUCCAUUGACCUUUCCCCGAGACGACUCCGCGUUGUGGGAGGUGAUCGGCUUCCAGGGCACCAACCCCUCCUCGGACCUUCGCGAUACCGGCAUGGUGGGGCUUUUACAGUUGCUUUACAUGUUUUCCAGCUAUGCGGGCCUGACGCUGACCCUCUGGCAUCUCUGUCAAUCGCCUUCACUCCCCAGCCCCUCUGAGAGCCUUUUUUCUCUGGCCUCAACCCCCGCAAUACCGACGGGAUCGCGAAUGCUUAGCCGGGAUUUACCUUUUGUACUUGUGGUGCUCACCUUUGUCGGGCUUUCCUUGGAUUUCCUUGGAAAGGAAAAACGCUUAAUGUCCCUCGCGAUAUCAUUUCCAGUGCAGGGAAAAGGAAUUGAAGGCGUUUCACCCGUGGUAAAGUCAGCCUCAAAGUCUUCAGGGAAACAUCCCAAUUUGGAAGAGUCCCCUGUAUUCCAUGUCUCACCCGUGUUAAGCGCGGUCUGUGAGCACUGUGUAGGGUGUUUGCAACUUUUCUGUGAAUCUUGGCAGGAGCUAAUUAAAAAGCAGUAUCCCAAUAUACCAACUGUGGCUGAUUUUGGAUCCCAGAAGUCCCGUCUACAGGAUCGACUCAUGAAGCGUGGUGGCACAGAUCUAGUAAAGGAGGCUAUCAAAAGGGCUAAGCAGUAUGCUUAA